AGUAGGAGAGAGAAAUAGAAAAACCAAGUAAGACCAACCAAACCAUUGUGCGAAAAAAAAGAUGAGUUGGUGGGAGUUUAGUGGGAUGUGAGGUGUAAGAAGGAGGGAAUGAGAGAGAAUGACAAAAACUCAAAGACCAACCAAACCAUUGUACAUGCUCUAAGAACUGUUUUGUGGUCUUAGAAUACAUCACACCAUAACAUCAUUUAAAUAUGAGUUAGUCUUGCGUGGACCUGAUCCACAAUAAUAUUAUUGUGGACCAAAACCACUUAUUUAACACACUGACUGCUCUUUUUUUCUCAUAUAGUAACUUUUUAAAAUUUCAAGUUAUAUUAUACAGUUAAUAUCUACCAUAGUGACUGUUUUUUUUUUAUUUAAUAUAUUCACGCUUUCUCACAUUAGUUUAUAAUAAUGAAAUUUUCACUUUGUGACAGUGAGGUUUUUUCUUUCACAUAGUCAAACUUAACAAUUCAUAUCUACUCAUUUUCUAUAUCUAAUUUUUUAUGUAGUGACCUUUUUUUUUUUUUUUAUAAAUAACAUGAAUUAACAUUAAGUCUAUACUAGUUUAGUGUGGACCAAAUCCAUAUAAGUUUUUGACGUCAAAUCUUUUGGGUUAAAUGGACAUUUGUGCAUGUAUAGAGGACGAAAUCCCCAAGAAUAAAAUUUCAAAAAAAAAAAAAAAAUUGCUCCAGAAAAACCAAUGCAAGACAAAAGGAAAAUGGGAAUCUCAUCUCAAGGAUCAAGGAAAUCAAAAAACGAUGGUAAAUUUGUCCACAUGUGGUUGGUUUUUUCUGGGAAGGUCAACUUUAUCUUCUUAAUUAAUAUAUUGGUAGACUAUGUAGGACAUGUUUUUGUUUCUCGUUCUUCCAUGUUAUGUUUCUAAAAUCCUCGAUUUGACUAAACUAGAAAUUAGCGCAACACACAAAAUUCCACAAAUAGGUUUUCCGCAAAGAAGCUUCGGUUUUCUUUUAUGUUCCCUAUUUUAUGUUGUGGGUUUUUAAAUCUUCUUUUUCCAUCACCAUAUAUUGAAGAUUAAACAUAAAAGUUCAUUUCAGAGUUUUCAUAAUGGAUGUUGGUUGUGACCUUCAAGUGGACGUCAAUGGCCUACAGAGUUUUUGGGUGAACAAGAAAAUUUUAGCACAAUUCUCUGGUAAGUUGAGCAACUUAUUUGAGAAAAAGUGCAAUAAUGGUAGUUGCGGUAUUAAAGUAAUAUAUCAAUACUUUCCCGGGGGACCAGCUGGUUUUGAGUUUAUUACAAGGUUCUUCUACAACAAUGGCAUCGUCAACAUAAGUCAUUCAAAUGUACUAUAUCUAAACCAUGUAGCCAAAUACAUGGAAUUGAACAAGAAUGUCUUUGGACGGCUUAAUUUGAUAGCUCAAACCGAGAAGUUUCUCGAUAGAGUGCAUUGUUGGUCUUGGUCCGAGCUCUUGCUAGCAUUGACGCACACACAAUGCUUAUUAGACAAUAUCAACGUAGUUUCUUCAGUCGGAAGAUUGGUAAGUGAGGUAGUUGAGAGGAUUGCAUCGCACUGCAUAACAACACCUUCCUCGCUUUCAUCUACAUCCUCUAGUUUUCGAUCCUCAUGCGAUUCUAAGAGUUCUCUAAGUACUACUAAAACUAGCUAUUUUCGAACUUUUUGGUGGUUCAAGGAUAUAUCAGCCCUUGAUUGUGAUUUAAUUAACUUGUUGGUAAGAAAAUUGGUGUUAGAAAAUUUUGAGCAUUCUACCAUAUGCAAAUUCCUCUUUUACUAUCAAAGAAUGAGGGUUUUUGGUGGCUCAAAUAAAGUUGUAAGAGCUAAAAUGAUUGAAACAAUUAUUAACCUACUUUCUCUCCUUGAUAAGAGGAAUAUUUCCAUCAAAGGGUUGUUCGAGACCUUGAGAAUAGCUUCAAAGUUGAAGCUAAGUAAACCCUAUAUAAGUCAACUAGAAAUUUUGAUUGGGUUGCAGCUUGAUCAAGCUGCAAUAGAUGAUUUACUUCUUCCUUCUCCACCAAGGAAAAACAAAUUAUACGCCAUGUAUAAUGUAAAUCUUGUACUAAGGUUAUUGAAGAAUUUCCUAUUGGACGGGAAUAUUAGUUUUAAGCUUUGCUCAUACAAACUGAAAAAAGUCGCAAGGUUGGUGGAUUUUUAUGCUAGUGAAAUUGCACCAGAUUCGCGAUUGGAGCCCUCCAAGUUUAUUGCACUUGUGACAGUAAUCCCGGAUUCUGCUCGGGACUCUUGUGACAAAAUAUAUCAAGCUAUUGAAAUCUACCUUGAGGUUCAUUCAGGACUAAGCGAAGAACAAAAGAUGAGUAUAUGCGAUGUGUUAAACUAUGACAAGCUUUCGUUACGAAUACUAAAUCGGCUGUCUAGCAACUUCAAUUUUCCAUUGUUGGCUAUUGUAAAAGCUUUGGUUCAUCAAAACCCAACGUUAAAAAGCUCUGUCAAAGAUCCCAAUCAUGUUAAAGUUUUCAGAAGUUUGGGUUGUAGGGGUCGUCAAGCAAAGACUUUCAUGACUAAGGACGAAGUCCUUGCUAAGGAAAUGGCAAAGAAAGAGAAGUUUAAAGUUCAUCUUCAAGAAAUGGGGUGUACAUUUUUAGAAUUGGAGAGUAUUUUUGCUAAGUUGCAAACUCAUCAUGUUACAGAUAAUGGUAUGACCCCAAAAGUUUGUUGUAUACAUAAUGUCAAACAUCUCCCAAAACUUUGUUCAUGAUAGUACAUCGUAUACUAGGACUACUACUUUAUCAUUCUAGUAAGAUUAUGCGCCUAGAAGUAA